GUGCCUUGACCCAAGCCAUUCGAAAUUUUGCAAAAAGCCUUGAAGGUUGGCUUUCCAAUGCCAUGAACAAUAUUCCACAGAGAAUGAUACAAACCAAGGUUGCCGCUGUAAGUGCCUUUGCCCAGACUCUGCGAAGAUACACAUCACUCAAUCACCUGGCCCAGGCAGCUCGUGCAGUACUUCAGAACACUUCUCAAAUCAACCAGAUGCUCAAUGACCUCAACCGUGUCGACUUUGCCAAUGUCCAGGAGCAGGCUUCCUGGGUGUGCCAGUGUGAUGACAACAUGGUUCAGAGACUAGAAACAGACUUCAAGAUGACUCUUCAGCAGCAGAGCACACUGGAGCAGUGGGCUGCAUGGCUUGACAAUGUAAUGAUGCAAGCCCUGAAACCCUAUGAAGGAAGACCCAGCUUUCCUAAAGCCGCCAGGCAGUUUCUACUGAAAUGGUCUUUCUACAGCUCAAUGGUUAUUCGGGAUUUAACCUUGCGCAGUGCUGCUAGCUUUGGCUCCUUCCACCUGAUCCGUCUACUCUACGAUGAGUACAUGUUCUACUUAGUAGAGCAUCGUGUUGCUCAGGCAACAGGAGAGACACCCAUAGCAGUCAUGGGCGAGUUUGGUGAUUUGAAUGCUGUAUCUCCUGGAAAUCUGGAUAAAGAUGAAGGCAGUGAAGUGGAAAGUGAAAUGGAUGAAGAACUGGAUGACUCUUCAGAGCCUCAAGCCAAAAGAGAGAAAACAGAGCUGAGCCAGGCGUUCCCAGUGGGCUGCAUGCAGCCUGUUCUCGAGAGCAGUGUGCAACCAAGCCUCCUGAAUCCAAUCCACAGUGAGCACAUCGUCACAAGUACUCAGACUAUCAGGCAGUGCAGCGCCACAGGAAACACCUACACUGCAGUCUAAAGAAUAUUAAAGUGUAUUUUUCCAGCUUACAUUAACCCUGUUGAUAUUGGGCUUAAGUUGAAAAUUUAAUAAGCCUGAAGGUCGACUGUUGUCAAAUUCUCUCUGUGCUGAACAUUACCUUUUUGGAGUUGUGAAAUGGAAUGGGUGUAUGUAUUUUGCCAGGUCUUUUUUUUUUUUUUUAACCAAAUUAUUUGUCUCUUAAUAAUAAGAGUUUUUUUUCUCUUAGUUUCAGAUGUCAAGAAGGAUUUUUACAACACUUAAUGUCAAUGUUUUUGUUUUCUUAUAAUUAAAAAGUAAUUUACAUUUUUUGUAGCUUAAAUAUUUUAUUGUUGAUUGUUAGUCUUGGUGUAUGAUUUCAUGUGUAAGUUUUUUAAUUAGAUGCACUUCUGUGAAAUAUCAAAA